AUGUAAUUCUGCCCCAAAGAAUUCUAGCGUUUCCUCGACAACAAUAGUUAUGAAACUCGUGAAAAAUGGAAAUAAUUCACAAAAGAUCCCAUAUUUAUUCCUCGUCACAACCUUUCUUUGAAAGCCUAAAAAGACUUAGCACUUGAACGCUUAAAAAUUGUAUCUCAAAACAAGGUGUUUUCCGUCUACGAUUUUUCCAAAAACCCUCUGAACGUAUUCGCAAAUCAUGAAAUGGCUUCCUGGGUUGAUGGUUCUUUAGCUACAAAAUUGACAGUUUAAUAUAAUUUAUUUGGUGGUACAUUAUUUACAUUAGGCACUUAAAGACAUUUAAAAAUCGCUGAAGGUGUAGAUACAUUAGAUACUAUAGGUUGUUUUGCCCUAACGGAAUUAGGUUAUGGAAAUAAUGCAGUUCAAAUGGAAACCACAAGUACUUGGGAUGCUUAAAAUAAAUAAUUUAUAAUUAACUCUCCAAGUUAAUUAAGUUAAAAAUAUUGGAUAACUAACGGUGCUUUACACUGUAAUUACGCUAUAGUAUUCGCUUAGUUGAUUUUCAACGAAUAAAAUGAAGGAGUGCAUACUUUUCUUGUAAAAAUAAGAAACGAAGACGGUUCAGUUUGCAAAGGAGUCGAAAUUGAGGACAUGGGAGCCAAAUUCGGCUUAAAUGGAGUUGAUAACGGUCGUUUAAGAUUUACUCAAGUAAGAAUUAAUUAAGAUGCGAUUUUAAAUAAAUACUCUGAUAUAGAUAAAGACGGUAGAUUCUCAUCUAGUAUUAAAAAAAAAAGAGAUAGGUUUUUAAAAGUGGCAGAUAGACUGCUUUCGGGAAGACUCUGUAUAGCUUCAAUGUCUAUUGGAAGUACUAAAUUUGGACUAACAACAGCUCUUAGAUAUGCAAAUAAAAGAUUAGCAGUAGGAAAAAAGGGAUUAAGUGAUAAUCCUAUUAUAAAUUUUAAUCUUUUCUAAAAUUAAGUUUAUCCACUUUUAGCUAAAACUAUUGGCUUAAAUAUUGCUUUUAAUUAAAUUAAAAUACUCUAUAGUAAUUCUCUUCUUAAUAAUUAAGAUGCCUCACCCUUAUUAGUUUGCCUAUGUUGUGUUAUUAAACCUUUAAUUACUUGGAAUGCUAGAGAUGUAGCUACAUGCUUAAUUGAAAGAGUAGGAGGUUAGGGCUAUUUAAGUGUUAAUAGAUUAGCAGAAUUAAUGCCUUCGGCUCAUUCAGGAAUUACCGCAGAAGGAGAUAAUUCUGUUUUGAUGUAAAAAGUUUCUAAGGAAUUACUUGGGUUGGUUUAUAAAGAUUAAUAUGAAUUUUCGAAAAAUUUAUUUAGUAAAGAAGAUAUUUUCAAAAUGAAAAAAAUCGAUGAUUUAAAUAUCUUAAUUGAUCUUAUUAGAAUUAAAGAAAAUGAAUAUAUUUAAUAUGUAAUUAAUUUAACUUAAAAUUAAAUGUAAGAUGGAAAAGAUAUUUAUGAAAUUUGGAUGGAAAAAGAAAAUGAUUCUAUUUAAGAAUUAGCGAAAUCUUUUGGAGAUAGAAUAGUGGCAGAUUUCGCAUUUUAAAUGAUUUAGAAUUCAAGAGAAGAUAUUAAAAAACCUUUAAUUUUAUAUUUAAAACUAAGCUUACUUAAUAAUAUUUAUAAUAAUUUAGGAUGGUAUAUGGUUAAUUAGAUUAUUAAUGCUGAAGGUGCCUAAUCAAUUGAAACGAAAGAAAAUUAGCAAUAUAUUAAGUACAUUAGAUUGCUUUGUAUACUGUUAAUAGCUUUGGAAUUUCUGAGCAUUUACUAAAUGCACCUAUAGCUUAAAAUUAUGAAACAUUUAAUUCGUAACCUAAUGUGGGAGAAAUUUAUAGACCUAAAUUAUGAAAGAGAGGAAAAAAAUAAAAUAUUUAUAAUAUAAUUUAUUUUAUUUAUUCUGAUUUUAAAAGUUUAUUAUUUAUAUUAUUUAAGUUAUUUUUUAAAAAAUAAAUAAAUAAAUAAGUACAUUUUAUUAUAAAUUUAUAUUUACACUUUUUUUAUCUAUUUUAAAUAAAUUGUAAAGUAAUUUUUAUUAAUUUUAUUUUUUCUUUUUAUGUAAAAUUUUUAUAUAAUUAUAUUAUAAAAAAAAAACAUUAAAGUAAGUCAUAUAAUAAGCUAUUAAAAAAAUAAGAAAGGAUUAUUAUGAGUUCUUGUUAUAUAUAAAAUUAAAAGUGCGAAAAAAUAUAAAAUAGUUAAAAAUAAGGAUUAUAAAUAUAAAAUUUGACAAAUUUAUAAGAUUUUGAUUUAGAAUUGAAUCAUAAUAUUAUUAUUUUUAAUAACGAUUCUAAAUGUUCUCUAUAUGAUUUAGAAAACAUUAAAAUUUAAGAAAUGAAAAA